UAACCUGUUUUACUUGGCGUGGCGAGCUGAAAACUACAGACUGCUGUAAAAAGGAGUUUUGACAUGCACUUACAGAAAUCGCCAAAGGAGAAGCCGUGUUACACACUGCCCACAGUGAAGAAGCUCCUGGAGCAGAAGAGAAAGCGAGAGACAUCUUCAGCUCCUCCAACCUGCACCUCUGCGACCAAUAACGCUGGUGCUGCUGCUGUGCCAAUCCCAGUGACAACAUCAGAGCUGUCUGCCAGUGCAAACAGCAGCUACUCGGACAUGACAGCGACGAGGUACAACCGGUGGGAUAUGCAGCCACACUCCUCUGCGUUUCAGGAGUGCAGCCCCUUCAACCCGAUGUGCCUGAAUUAUGCCACAGACUCUCCAGGUGCUCUCAACUUCUCACAUGCUCCGGUUUACAACCCCAGUUUAACCUCUGCAGAGCCUCAGCUUUCCAGCUAUAAUCACCUGCAGGACUGUCCGAGUGCACAGAUUCCACAGCAUUUUCAGCAGCAGCCCAGUUCAGAGUGUCCUGUGCCCAGUGCCUCGGCCAUGCCCAGUGCCAGCGCUGACCUCAGGACUCCGAGUAUAAAUGUUCCAAGCACUGGUUACUUGUGGAAUCCUGGGCCCAGAGCCCAGGCAUCCACAGGCCCCUGCAGUGUAUCAGUUAGGCCUCAGAUGGACAUGGCUAAGCUGGAUGAGGCGCGGCUCUUCCUCCAAGCCAUGGACUACAACAGAACCACAUGGAAGGACGACGAUGGGGACACAAUUCUGCACAUAUACACUGCUAAGGGCCAGAGGGAAUAUGCCUUCGCUGCAGCUGAGAAACUGCAGGAGCUCGGCACACUGGACACAAAGGAGCACAGGGGAAAGACUGCAUUGCUGGUAGCAGUGGCAGCCAAUCAGCCAGAGAUCGUGCAAGACUUGCUUACUCUGGGCGCUGAUAUCAGCAUCUGCGACAUCAAAGGUCAAACUGCGAUGCACCUGGCGGCCACAUAUGGCUUUCCACAAGUCAUGAAGGUUCUCCUCUCCAUGGAACACGGAGUGGACCUGGAGGCUCGCAAUUUUGAAGGUCUCACCCCACUGCACUGUGCAGUGAUCUCCCACAACACCACAAUGAAGGCCCUUGUUUCCACCUCCUCUUCAACCUCUGCCUGGCUACCUGAUGGUCAUCUGCAGUCUCAAGUUGAAAAUAAACUCAUUUGCCUGCAGCUGCUGCUGGAAGCAGGCGCUUCCCUACUCAGCCAGGAAAUCAAAAGUAAUAAGACUGUCCUCCACUUGGCUGUGAAGGAGGGAAAUAUCCAGUUGGUUCAUUUUUUCCUGAAACUCCAGCUGCCCAACAUGCAGGCCUUUAUCAACAUGAAGGCACACGGACACACGGCCUUGCACAUGGCAGCAGGGUUACAUGGAAACCCAUGUCAGGAGGAACUGAUCAGACUGCUGCUGAGCAGAGGAGCCGAUCCCAGUAUCCGCAACCUGGAGAACGACCAGCCAGUGCAUCUGCUGCAAAGCGGAGAACAAGGCGAGAAGCUCAAGCUCAUCUUAAAGAAGAGAAAUGCCUCUAGGCGGCGUAUCACAUCCUUACAGGACCAAGAGUGACCAGGACUACUUUCCAGUCCCAAAAUGUCUCCCUUUACUUCUCAUAGGGACUUCUCAUAGGUCUGUAUUCACUCAAGGGAAAUUAAAGCAGAAAUGUGCGUUAAAAAAAAAAUAAUAAUAAUAAUUUGAAGAUUUUCAUCGAAACAGCGAUCAAUUCCAUAAAAAGGUUUUAAAACUUUUUACUGCACAAAAUUCUUGGACAUACCCAAGCUUUCAACCCCUUCAGGAGCCUUCGUCAGGGAUGCGGAAUGACGUCACUUCCCAAGAAUUUUGUGCAGUAAAAAGUUUUAAAACCUUUUUUUUUUUAAUGGAAAUAAUUGAACGAAUGUGUAAUGACAGCAAAUUAUAAAGAAUCUUUGGAGAGGCAGAAUUAGGUAUUAGGAACCCUUCCAAAAAGGUGCUGCGUCCUAUCCCUUGACUGAAUUCAGAUCUUGAUUUUUGCUACAGUAUCCUCUUAUGAGGGAUUUCUCAGUUCAGUUCUGUCCAUUCCUACAGAGCGAUGUGUCAGAACUCGAACAUUUCAUUUCACCAGCCUUUCUUGUAAAAAAAUACUCAUGAAAAUGCGAUUUCUGUGAAAUCAUCUACAGGGGAUUCAAGUCAGAUUUCCCACCAUUAUCAUCAACCAUAUUGGUUUGGAGUUUUCUCAGUACACUACACUGCAUCAGUGUCAUAGGUUAUCUUUCGAAAAAAAAUGAUCUAUUUAUUCUUUUUUUUUUAAAACACAUGUAUGUAUUGUUCGCUAGUAUUUGACUCAGGGAUAAAUUAUUUACACACAGAAACUCCAUGUGUUCUCGAUGUAACCUUUACGGUUGUGUAAGAGAGCACAAGAGCUCAUCAGUUAUUGCACGAAUAGGAGUGUUUUGAUGAGUCAUUAUAGAGGAGUGAAAAUGUCACACUUUUUAUGUUGACCUCAGCACGGCAGUCAUCUCUCCGGUUCAAACGAGUAACGAUGAUCUUUAUGUCAGCGACAUUUACUAGAUUAUAAUUUGAACAGAAUCUGCAUCGACAACGCAUCUGUUAUAGCCAUGUUAGCUUUUUUUUUUUGAAUCAGGUAAAGACAUCAGAAUUAGAAGCGACUCUAGAAGUGAUAAAGACAGGGUGGAGGAAUGGCGAAGGGGAUUAUCUCAUGUGAAUCACUGGGUUUCUGGGACUUGACUGCCUUGUAAUUCAAAUAAGGGGGGAAAAAACAUUAUACUGUCACUUCCUUUCAAGGCGGAGUGAAAUGAUUGUUAAUUUAUCAGAAUCAUAUGAGCAUUUCAUGGAAUCAGAAAUCAAACAUUUGUCUAUUUGUUAUUUUAAUAAAUGGUUGACACUGCAAUUAAAAUAAACUUCCUGUUUGAAUGUAAUACACUGACCAAACGAAUUGUUCAAAGCUUUAACA